GUCACAGGUCCGUGUGAUGGCUUUGGUUUCCUAUGGGAGUUCGGGGGAGGAAUCUAAUGGUAGGUUUAGUGUAAAAGUCACGGUUUUAUCAACAAGAUGAUGAAGAGGAUUUGGUUGUCAGCAAUGAGAGUACUACAACAGCUAACAGUAUAUUAAAAGAUCGAGUUGAACCUGAGUUUAAAAUGAGAGUCCCUAAAAGUGCUAAGCUACCUAACCUUGUCCCAAACAUUCCUAUUGUCAAAACAAAAGACGGUAAGGUUUUGCUUUCCGUCCCCGAUUUGGAAGCGUUGGAUUCGUCAGAUGACAGUGACGAUGAAAGCAGUCGUUCAGCUAAGAAUAACAAAUCCUAUCGAAAUUCUAAACCUGGAACAGAUAAAGUUAGCCUUCUUUCUGUCCUUCCACCAACACGUGCACUUAUUGUCCGAGAAGGGAACAGACCAAUGAUACCACAUCAACUAAUAUGUAAAAAGAAUACAAGUCAUACUGUUAAAGAGACAUUGACUAUGAAAACCAAACCUGAAAAUGUUGGACAGAAACCAGGUUUUCAGAAUAACAACGAUGACGAUGACGUUUGGGAUGCUGACAUAACCAGCAAACAAGAUUCUGAUAAAGACACUUUAGAGAUAGCUGAUGAAGAUGCUGAAGAAGUUAGUUUCUUUUCAUUUUACAAACCUACACCUAAUAAUCAUGAAGCUGUCGCUUCAGAAAGAGCAGCCGCACUAUCGGCACUACAAGCAACUCGAAAAAAAGCUGAGUUGUCUAGCAAACCAUUAACUGUAAACAAUGAUGAUAAUAAUUCAUUCAUAACAGUUACGUUGUCACAUGAUGAAAACUCAACUACUAGUCGACUCACUGCAAAAUCAUGGGAAGAGUGUUUACCAAAGGUUACUAUAAGUGAUCCGGAAAUUCUACGUCAAAUGUCUUCUGUUAAAAAAGAAAUCGCUGAACAAGAAGAAGAUGACAAAGAGGAUGUUGAAGAAAAGGUCUUUUGGACAGAAGAGAAUUUCGUUCCAGGUCCAGAGCGUAAACGUGCACGUCUUGUUAUGCCUGGUACAAAAUCUAACAAUAUUGCUGUAAAUGAAUUAUUACAAUCAACAAAUACAGAAGUGAUAUCAAUUAAUCAAUCUGAUUUAACAGCUGGUGCUCAAUUAGAACUGAUUAAAUCGGUUACAAGUGAUGAUUCACAGUAUAGACCAAAGUCUACAGAUGAUGAUCCUGGCAAAUUAGCACAUAGAAAGCAUCAAAUCACUUGGCUAGCUCAUCAAGCUCAAGAAAAUGAAAUGGAAUUAGAAAAACGUUGGGCGGAAGCAAGACGUAAUAAGGCUUCAAAUCGAGCUAAAUAUGGAUUUUGAUUCCUUAUUAGUCAACUAUAGAAUUGUUUUUCAUCCCG